AUGGAAGCCACAACGACUAGUAAUCCAAAUACUUCGAAUUGUCCUCGCAUUGUGGUCGGUCUUAGUCGCGAUCAGGAAGAGCCCAAUGUGUCCUCAGUGACCGCUGAAGCUCGUGAAUUAGGCUACGAUUUUGUCAUUCUUCCUAUCACAUUUCCUAGUUAUAGGCGUUUCUUAUUCGAACAGCUUAUAGGUAGUGUUGAUGUAAAUGAAAAGAAAAUUAUGGAAGAAUGGAGAAAAGGUCUUCCAUUUUGCAGAGAAGAUUUAGUAGUGAAAAAUGCAGAUGUAUCUGAUUUUAUGGUAGGCCAAGUUUCAAACUGGAUUAAUUUAGAUUCGCCGGAUCAUAGUAUAAGAAUAAAUUCAGAAGUGAUCAUUCGACAACAACUAAGUUGGCUCGGACACAUAGGCAUUUCCGCUGCAUUGUUACCAUUUCCUUCUGAUUCUCUAAUGAAUUAUGCGAGAUGCGUUAAUUCUAUUUUUGGAACGGUUCCCUACGUCAAUAUGUGGAUUAAGAUCCCAUUGAUCCUUGAAGAUGAGAUACUGGGAUUAAAAGAAACAGUAACAUGGGAGCGAUGGAACAAAUUUAGAACUCUGUGUGAAAAUCACGUCAAAUUAUCUAUAGCCUUAGAAGUAACACAAAACCUUCCCGAAGAUAAUAUACUUGAUCGAUGGUUCGCUGAACCAUUGAAAGCUGUUAUCUUACCGACUACAAUUUUUUUGUCAAAUGCUAAAGGAUUUCCUGUUUUAAGUAAAAGGCAUCAGACAUUCGUCCGUAAACUUAUUAAAUAUAAGCCUAAUUUUAUCAUUGAUUGUGUGGCUGAUGGUCCUAAUCAUGCAAGCGGCGGACUUGCUGCUUACCAAGAGUAUAUACAUUAUUUAAAUCGUACAAUGCCUGAGUUGACCCAAGUUGAACAAUUCGCGUUAGGUUAUCAUGAUUUUUUGCAAUCUCCUUUACAGCCGUUAAUGGACAAUUUAGAGUCAUCUACCUAUGAAGUUUUUGAAAAGGACUCCACAAAAUAUGCAUUAUACGAGAAGGCAAUACAUCAUGCCCUUCUGGAUCAUACUAACGGAUCGGAAGAAAUGAUUUUAGAAGCGGCUGAAAAAGCACAAAAACGGGUUAGAGUAUAUGCUAUUGAAAAGAAUCCUAGUGCUUUUGUCACUUUACAGAAUAAAAAAGCAGAAGUAUGGGGUGAUAAAGUGACAAUCGUGUUUUCUGAUAUGAGAUUCUGGAAAGCACCAGAACAAGCUGAUAUUCUAGUCAGCGAACUUUUAGGUUCGUUUGGUGAUAAUGAGUUGUCACCAGAAUGUUUGGAUGGCGCACAAAAAUUUUUGAAAUCUGGUGGUAUAUCAAUACCCACUUCUUACACGGCUUUUAUCUCACCGAUUUCAUCAUCAAAACUUUACAAUGAGGUUGCGGCAUACAAAGAUCUGGCCCAUUUUGAGACUCCAUAUGUUGUUAUGUUUCAAUCUGCUUCUGAGUUGGCCAAACCAUGUCAGGUUUGGCGGUUUGAUCACCCAAAUAGUAACAUUUCGGUUGACGAAGAUGGAAAUCCUAUUAAUAAUUAUCAUAACACACGGUACUCUAAAGUGACCUUUAACAUAAGAGAAUCUGGAAUAUUGCAUGGUAUCGCUGGGUAUUUUGAAUCGAUAUUAUAUAAAGAUAUCAUACUGAGCAUUCACCCGGAUACACAUUCCGUUGAUAUGUUUAGUUGGUUUCCCAUUUUUUUCCCGUUAAGGGUUCAGAAACAGCUUCGCUUAGUCCGUCUGCAAUACAUAAUGUAUUAG